GUGUGCAGGUUGGAAGUGCAUGCUGGGGGCCCGACGGCCAAAUGCCCUCCGACGAAACAAUCGGGGGCGGCGACGAUACCUUCAACGCGUUCUUCUCCGAGACUGGACCCGGCAAGCACGUCCCCCGCUGUGCGUUCGUCGACCUGGGGCCCACGGUGGUCGAUGUAGUGCGCGCAGGCGCGCGCCGUCAAGUGUUCCAUCCGGAGCAGCUCAUUUCAGGCAAGGAGGGCACCGCGAACAAUUUCGCGCGCGGGCACUACACAAUUGGCAAGGAGAUCGUCGACCUCGCGCUCGAUCGGACCAGGAAGCUGGCCGACAAUCGCACAGGCAUCCAAGGCUUCAUGAUCUACAACGCCGUCGGCGGAGGCGCUUGCUCCGGGCUCGGCUGCCUGAUGCUGGGGCGCCUGUCCGUAGACUACGGCAAGAAGGCGAAGGUUUCUUUCGCCGUGUGGGCGUGCCCGCAGGUCGCCACCGCAGUGGUGGGGCCUUACAGCACGGUGCUCUACGCGCGCUCUCUCCUGGAACACGCAGGCGCGACCAUCGCGUGCGACAGCGAGGCGUUGUGCGACACAUGCCGCCGCAGCCUUGACAUCGAGCGUCCUACUUACACCAAUAUGAACAGGUUGCUGGCGCAGAUCCUCUCCUCGUUGACUGCGCCGCUGCGCUUCGACGGUGCUCUGAAUGUGGAUGCCGCCGAGUUCCAGACCAACUUGGCACCCUAUCCGCGCAUCAACUUUAUGCUCUCGAGCUACGCUCCAGUGGUCUCUUCUGAGAAGGCGUGCCAUGAGCAGCUGUCAGUAGCGGAGAUCACCGCGCCCGUCUUCGAGCCCGCAUCCAUGCACGUGAAGUGCGACCUUUGUCGUGGCAAGUACACGGCAUGCUGUUUGAUGCACCGUGGAGACGUCGCGCCCAAGGAUGUGAACGCAGCGAGUUUCGCGGGCUACCCUCCGCGGUGGAAGGGCGCCAACGGCACGUGGUUGACGCGGCCAACGAGGCUCUGGCGGGCGUGGCUCUGGGCUGGAGAAGUACCUCGCACGUGGGACUGUCUGCUGACCGGGCCAUAUGCUGACGAGGUGCCCAGGGUGUUCCCAGCUUCGGGAUUCUCGGUGCUCGUGCCACCGCGCAGGUGGGUGGGCCAGCCGACCUACAUGUGGGAGCGCCUUAUAAAGCUCGGGCCUACAGGCCGCGGCGCGGCCCGCUCGCGGGUGCGUAUUGUUUGUGGAUUGGUGCCCACGGGCUUCAAGUGCGGUAUCAACUACCAGCCGCAUACUGUGGUUCCUGGUGGUGACCUGGCUAAGGUGAUGCGCGCGUGCUGCAUGAUCAGCAACUCCACUGCCAUCGCAGACGUCGUCUCCCGCAUCGACCACAAGUUCGACCUCAUGUACUCGAAGCGCGCUUUCGUGCACUGGCACGUAGGUGAGGGCAUGGAAGAGGGUGAGUUCUCCGAGGCUCGCGAGGACCUGGCGGCGCUGGAGAAAGACUACGAGGAGGUGGGCAUCGAGAUCGCGGAGGGCGAGGGCGAGGGGGAGGGCUACGGCGACGAGUUCU